CCUCUCUUCCUCUCUUCCUAUAGUUUAUCGAAACCGCGAAGUACUUUAGUUUGUUGUUGUUCGUGAACACUUGUGGAUUUACUUAUUUAUUUCCAAAAUGCCAGCUUCACUGAAAUAUAUUGAAGUAGAUAAUUUUAAAUCGUACAAAGGAAGACUCAUUAUAGGACCUCUUAAACCAUUUACUGCAGUUGUCGGUCCUAAUGGCUCUGGAAAGUCGAAUUGCAUGGAUGCAAUUAGUUUCGUUAUGGGAGAAAAGACAAGUAGUUUGCGUGUGAAAAGAUUAAGCGAGCUGAUUCAUGGUGCAUCAAUAGAAAUGCCAGUCGCUCGCAGUGCAUCCGUCACAGCAGUCUUCGAAUUAGAAGAUGGUACAGAAAAGAGUUUUAUGCGUUCUGUACAAAGCUCAUCCUCAGAAUAUAGAAUAAAUAAUAAUAUUGUUACCAGCCAAGUAUACCUAAACGAGUUAGAACAGUUAGGUAUUAACGUCAAAGCAAAAAAUUUUUUAGUAUUCCAAGGGGCUGUUGAAUCAAUAGCUAUGAAAAAUCCAAAAGAACGUACUGCACUUUUUGAAGAAAUCAGUAAUUCUGGGGUGUUGAAAGCAGAAUACGAAAGAUUAAGAACAGAAAUGCUGAAAGCAGAGGAAGAAACGCAAUUUUCAUAUCAAAAGAAGAAAGGAAUUGCUGCAGAAAGAAAAGAAGCAAAAUUAGAGAAAGAAGAAGCCGAAAAAUAUCAACGAUUGAAGGAAGAGUAUGUUGAAAAACAAGUUGAGUUGCAAUUGUUUCGUUUAUUUCAUAAUGAAAAAUCUAUAGAAAAUUUAGAAGUUUUACAAAAGAAGAAACAACACGAAAUAGAAAAAAUUGAAAAAAAAAGAGAGAAAGCAGAGGAAUUAUUAAAAGAAAAAAAGAAGGAAGCUGGUAAAUUAACACGUGAUCUUGCUAAAAUAGAACAAGAUAUUCGAGAAGUAGAAGCUGAAAUUACAAAGAAAAGACCUACGUUUAUUAAAGCUAAAGAACGAGUUGCACAUAUGCAAAAGAAAGUCGAAUCUGCUCGAAAAUCGUUAGCACAAGCGCGCACUGCAGACGAAGCUCACAAGAAAGAUAUACAUGAACUUCAAGAAGAAUUGCGGCAAGUUGAGGAAGCUAAAGCAGCUUACGAAGCAAGCAUAGCUGGACAGUCACAAUUGCAGGGUAGAGACGUGCAAUUGGAAGAUGAACAGGUUAAAGAAUACAAUCGCUUGAAAGAGGAAGCAGGCAAGCAAUCUGCAAGAUACUUACAACUCCUUGAUUCAAUUAAUCGCGAACAAAAAUCUGAUCAAGACAGGCUUGAUAAUGAAGGAAGAAAGAAGACUGAAAUCGAAAAUAAACAUAAACAAAGAGGACACGAGCGAGACGAAGCUCUUAAAAGAGUAGAAAAGCUAGAAGAACACAUACGAACAUCCGAAGCCGCGUUAGAAGAUCAGAAAAAAUUAAGAGGUGAUUUACAGUCCGAUGUUCGUACUUCAAAAGACAGAAUACAGACCAUUCAAAGAGAAUUAGAAAAUAUUUCCGAACAACUUGGCGAUGCUAAAGUUGAUAAACAUGAGGUAUCAAGAAAUAAAAAGAAAACUGAAAUUGUCGAGAAUUUUAAACGUCUUUUCCCUGGCGUGUAUGAUCGCAUGUACAAUAUGUGUCAACCUAUCCAUAAGAGAUACAAUGUUGCCAUCACUAAAGUUCUUGGAAAAUAUAUGGAAGCAAUUGUUGUGGAUACUGAAAAAACAGCAAGACAAUGUAUCCAAUAUUUAAAAGAGCAGUAUCUUGAACCAGAAACAUUCCUUCCACUGGAUUAUAUUCAAGCGAAACCACUGAAAGAAAGACUAAGGAACAUACAAGAACCCAAGAACGUAAAAUUAUUGUACGAUGUUUUACAUUUCUCGCCUAAAGAUAUCGACAGGGCCGUCUUAUUUGCUACAAAUAACGCUCUCGUAUGCGAAACACCCGAAGAUGCAAACAAAGUAGCCUAUGAGAUAGAUAAAAAAGCAAGAUAUGAUUGUGUUGCAUUGGACGGAACAUUUUAUCAAAAAGGCGGAAUUAUAUCCGGUGGCAGUUUGGAUUUGGCCAAGAAAGCAAAAAGAUGGGAUGAAAAACAGAUGUCACAACUUAAGACACAAAAAGAAAAAUUAACGGAAGAGCUACGCGAUUCUUUGAAAAAAUCACGAAAAGAAUCAGAAUUAAAUACAGUUGAAUCUCAAAUACGCGGUUUGGAAACACGUUUAAAAUAUAGUAAAAGCGAUUUGGUUGCCACUCAAAAGCAAAUUGCAGAACUUGAAGUGAAAUUAGAUUCUCUUCAAAAUGAAUUGAAUAUGUUUGGUCCAACAAUAACUGCGAUUGAAACGACAAUGGCGGAAAGAGAUCAAGAAAUACAAAAUAUUAAAGAAAAAAUGAAUAAUGUCGAGGACGAUGUAUUCGCUAGCUUUUGUGAACAAAUAGGCGUAUCUAAUAUUCGUCAAUAUGAAGAAAGGGAAUUACGAUCGCAACAAGAAAGAGCAAAGAAGAGAAUGGAGUUUGAAAAUCAGUGUAAUCGCAUUUACAAUCAAUUAGACUUUGAAAGACAACGCGAUACGGAGAAUAACGUUUUGCGCUGGGAACGUGCUGUUCAAGAUGCGGAAGAUAAACUUGAAACUGCACGACAAACUGAAUCGAAACAAAAGGCAGAAAUAGAUAACGAUGAGACUCAAAUGGAACAACUGAAAACAGAACGAAAUGCAAAGAAACUAGAAGUUGAUCAAAAAGACGACGAAAUAGGUAAAGCUAGGCGUGAUGUUGGAGCAAUUGCAAAGACUAUUCAAGCUGCUCAAAAACAGAUGAAUGGUAUCGAGUCGAAAAUUGAACAAAUAAGAGCCGAACGCCAUGCUAUUUUAAUGCAGUGCAAGAUGGAAGAUAUUGCAAUUCCGAUGCUCCAUGGAAAUAUGGAAGAUAUAGCUCGCGAAUCUACGACUAAUAGCUCAGAAACCAGUAACGACUUAUCGUCUAGUACUCUGCAACAAUACGAACGUGAAAGACAAAUUACUAUAGAUUAUGAGCUUCUUAGCGACAGAUUAAAAGAUUUAGAUGAAGAUUGUGUUAAAAAAACAUAUGACAAACUAACAAAGAUGAUUAAUGAUUUGCAAGGUACUAUUCAACGCAUUCAAGCCCCCAAUAUGAAGGCAAUACAAAAAUUACAUCUUGCAAAAGAGAAAUUACAAGAGACUAACGAAGAAUUUGAACAAUCUCGUAAGAAAGCAAAAAAGGCAAAAACACAAUUUGAGAAAAUAAAGAAGGAAAGACACGACAGAUUUAUGGCCUGUUUCGAGCAUGUAGCUAACGAAAUUGAUCCGAUUUAUAAGAGUUUAGCAAAAAAUCAAUCCGCUCAAGCAUUUCUUGGCCCUGAGAAUCCAGAAGAACCUUAUUUGGAUGGUAUUAACUACAAUUGUGUAGCACCAGGGAAACGAUUUCAGCCAAUGUCUAAUCUAUCUGGAGGAGAAAAAACUGUUGCAGCAUUAGCUCUAUUGUUUGCAAUUCAUAGUUUCCAACCUGCACCAUUUUUUGUCUUGGAUGAAAUUGAUGCUGCCUUAGAUAAUACUAAUAUCGGAAAAGUUGCCAGUUACAUACGCAAUAAAACAAGCUCCUUACAAACUAUUGUUAUAUCUUUGAAAGAAGAAUUUUAUUCGCAUGCUGAUGCGUUAAUUGGAAUUUCCCCUGACGUUGGCGAGUGUUUGGAAAGCAAAGUAUUAACAAUGGACUUGACUGCAUUUCCUUCACAAAAUAAUAAAUAGAAUAUAUAUAUUUUUAAUUCAUAAUUGACAUAUGUUGUCAAGGUCACUCCCUUGAAUAACAUCCAAGAGAUUUUAGCCGUCGUUUGUUCUUUAUUAAAAAGUUAUUAGAAUAUAAAAAUCAUAUAAUAAGUCGAUAAUGAAUAGAUGGUUACUGUGGUCUUAAUAUAAGAAACAGUUGAGGAGUAUGUAAAAUGAAAAUUUAAUCAGUAUUUAAAUUCUUUUAAAUAAAAUUUCUGCGACGUAA